CAGUGCGGCUGCGCCGGCCGGUAGCUGCAGCUGGAGCGGUGGCGUUUGGAAGAGACGCGGAUAUACCUUCUCAGAAGCUUCACUGGAGGAAAAGCAGGGGCAAAAAAAGAAGUUGUCAUUCUUUGCACGCUUUCUCAUCAGGAAAAUCAAAGAUUUUACUAAAAAGGUGAUCUACUUUCUAACUUACUUCUGUGACUUUAUGAUUUUGACUUUCCUCAUGAUUAUGAUAUUAAAGAAUUCCACUAUGUAUGAUGGAAUAUGGGAAACUGGAUGGCUUCUACAGGGAGCCAGGCCUCUGAUAUAGACGAGAUUUUUGGAUUCUUCAAUGAUGGCGCACCCCCCACCAAAAAGCCCAGGAAACUGCUUCCAAGCUUAAAAACUAAGAAGCCUCGAGAACUCGUACUGGUAAUUGGAACAGGCAUCAGUGCUGCAGUUGCACCUCAGGUUCCAGCACUAAAAUCCUGGAAGGGGUUAAUUCAGGCCUUAUUGGAUGCUGCCAUUGAUUUUGAUCUUCUGGAAGAUGAGGAGAGCAAAAAAUUUCAGAAAUGCCUCCAUGAAGACAAGAAUCUUGUCCACGUUGCCCACGACCUUAUCCAGAAGCUUUCUCCUCGUACCAGUAAUGUUCGAUCCACAUUUUUCAAGGACUGUUUAUAUGAAGUAUUUGAUGACUUGGAGUCAAAGAUGGAAGAUUCUGGAAAACAGCUACUACAGUCAGUUCUUCACCUGAUGGAAAAUGGAGCCCUUGUAUUAACUACAAAUUUUGAUAACCUCCUGGAACUGUAUGCAGCAGAUCAGGGAAAGCAACUUGAAUCCCUUGACCUUACUGAUGAGAAAAAGGUCCUAGAGUGGGCUCAGGAGAAGAGGAAGCUGAGCGUGUUGCACAUCCAUGGAGUCUAUACCAACCCAAGUGGCAUUGUCCUUCAUCCAGCUGGAUAUCAGAAUGUGCUCAGGAACACUGAAGUUAUGAGAGAGAUUCAGAAACUCUAUGAAAACAAGUCAUUUCUUUUCCUGGGCUGUGGCUGGACUGUGGAUGACACCACUUUCCAAGCCCUCUUCCUGGAGGCCGUCAAGCAUAAAUCAGACUUAGAACAUUUCAUGCUGGUUCGGAGAGGAGAUGUAGAUGAGUUCAAGAAGCUUCGAGAAAACAUGCUAGACAAGGGGAUUAAGGUCAUCUCCUAUGGAAAUGACUAUGCUGAUCUUCCAGAAUACUUCAAGCGACUGACAUGUGAGAUCUCUACAAGGGGUAGAUCAGGGAUGGUGAGAGAAGGUCAGCUAAAUGGCUCAUCUGCAGCACACAGUGAAAUAAGAGGCUGCAGUACAUGAGUGAGCUAGAGAAAUCACCAUUAGACCAAGCUGUAAGGCCCUACCAUGGACAGUGUUUAACAAGUAACCUUACAAGAACCCACCACAGCUUCCCAGGAAGCACCAAUAUCCAGAAGUUGAAGGGUGGGGAUAGAGGGGAAUGUUUCAACUGAAUCCUUCAUGCCAACUGGCUCUUGGUAUUCUGCUGCCUGUUCCAGUUCAAGAGUACAAGUGACAGCAGGACCCAGUGCAGCCCCCCCACCCCAUUCCCCAGGCUGGACAUGCUUGUGUCUACACAGCAGAUCUAUGUGAUACCUCCGCUGACUGUGGCUGCAGCUCUGCAUGAAGGACUUGGGGAUCUAGAUGCCACGGAAUCACCAUGGCUCUUGUUGCAGUUUUGUACUCUAUACUUGGUUUUUCAAUUAAGCUUAAUAGCUUUUUUAAAACAUGACUUGAAGCUCUAGUUUUCUAGCUCUUUUACAGUGUACAGUAUUUUACAUAACUGAGCUGUAUUAAAAGCUUGUUCGUUUACUUGCCAGGA